AAAUAUAUAUUAUAACGAAUUAAUAUUAAACCUAAUCAUCUUUGAAAAAGAAAUUAGCUAAUCAAUUACCCCCGAACUUUACCCUCCAAGAAAUUAAUAAUAAUAAUAAUAAUAAUAAUAAUUUUCCAAAGUCUCUAGCUAUGUAAAUAAAGUAUGAAAGGUUAAGCCGUUUUAGUUUAAACCCAAGUCCAUGUUCUUGACUUGAACCCAAAUUUCUCCCAACGCAAACGGCCAAAUACCUCUCUCUUUCUAAUAAUAUAUAAUAUAUAUACAUACACACGCAAAUAUUACUUCCCUCUUCCCAUAAAUACUUCUUUAGAUUCCUCGUGUUUCACCAGAUAUCAUUCAGUUCCAAUAUGGCUUCCGAUACUACUUCUGCUAAAAUAACCACAAGAAGAGCAACGACGUCGUCUUCGUCUUCUUCGUCGCCGAUAGGGACGGUAGCUGACCGAGCCUCGUGGUACUGUGCAGUGGUUUUACUUAGCCUAAUCUUGGUGGCCUCGGUGCGCCAGAGCUCUAAUUCUGACGAUUCAUUCAGAGGGAACAGAUUCUUGGAUCGACCCUGCGAUGAGAUUUAUGUCGUUGGAGAAGGGGAAACACUCCACACCAUCAGCGACAAGUGCAGCGACCCAUUUAUUGUGGAGCGUAACCCACAUAUCCAUGACCCGGAUGAUGUCUUCCCCGGCCUUGUUAUCAAGAUUACCCCUUCUAAACGCUUCGACUAGAAUCAUCUUUCUGGGCUCCGGUUUGUAUCAUAUACAUACAUACAUAUAUACUCGUCAGUUUUCCGAUAGAGAGAGUCGAUUUUCUUGUCACUUUCUUUUAUUUUUUUUAAUGUGUAAAAAUUGAAAAAGGAAAAAAAAAAUAGAUAGAGAUGGAAAUUGUUACGUAAUAUCUCAAAUUCAGUCUUGGAAUAUUAGAGAGGAUCUUUCUAUUAGGUCCCCCAGUUCAAGAUUGUAUAUGAUCAUGUUUCUCAAUUUUCUUGGUUCCCAAACGAAAUAAAAUUUGAUUUUUCUUUUCUUUUUCUGAAAAAAAGAUAUUUGUUUGAUUUGUGAUUUAGUUAUAAAUUCUCGUUUAAAGCUUGAAAUAAUUGUUAUGUAGUUGAGCUUUUUAUGUUUAUUGUUAAUUUAAUUAAGUGAUUUUAUUCAAAUAUAUUUAUUGGAGUUUAUGCGGGUGUAACAUUAAAGAAACGGUUAUCUUAAGAACAAAGUAGGAUUCUAA